GGGGGGCCGAGAAGCGAGAUUGGUGCUGCGGCAACUUCCAGAAAGGCUGUGCGGCCACCACCCUUUCUCCUUUGGGCUGCGACACUCCUUGCCACCAUGCGGGCGAAUCCUCUACAUGCAAGGAUCGGGAGCGUAUUGAGUGGGCAAGCCACCAUGUCUUUUCAGGCAAGGGCAACGCGUGUGAGUUGGCCUACAGCCAGAUUCAGGCGGCCGGAUGCGAGGUGCAUGCUGUGGCAAAGGAUCCCUAUGACUGUCACUUCGGGGAAUUAGAGAAGAAGGACUACUGCUGCAAGCAGGACUCCGUCCUUUGUGAAGAGUAG